AUGGACGGCGCCGCUCAGGCGAUGGAGUCGCCAGCGUCGCUCAAGAUUGGAUAUCGCGGUGAGAUCCAUCGCAUCCGUGUCGACUUAGCGACCUUCGGCUUCCACGACCUGCAGGAAUUGUUUGCAUCCACCUUCAGGCUGUGCCAUGGGUCGAUUGCAAUUCAGUACAAGGACGACCAGCGUGGCAGCAUUGUACACGAUGCGAUCGACAGCCUUCGCUUCUUUGCUGUGUCCAACACGGAAGCCAUGUUUCAUGGCCAUGUGGCCGAGAGCAUGCGCACUGGCGCCGUCGUCCAGCAGGACCAACUUGAUACUUGCUCACUGUCCGCUUUGACCCUGCACAACCCCCAUGACGCUGUUGUGGUCUACACUGCUACAGACCAGGCCGUCGACGUAUCCUUGGCUCCCACUCAAUGCACGAUCGAACGAUCGUUGCAGUUGAACAACCUUGGCAAACUACCGAACCCCGCCAUGCCCAAUCCGUCCACGAGUGACGAUCCCCGCGGACUGGCGAAAUGGGCAGCAGAACUGGCGCUUGUCCGCAUCAUUGUUCCGAACGCCGACACGGCCAUUCUCGUGGCGCUGCUGGAAACGUCCAAGGGCAAUGUCCACGUUGUGAUGGACGCUUUGACUUCAUAACAUUAUUAUAAUGUGAUCAAGUGGAA